UUCAGUGUGUCACUGUUGAGAAAAAUAAAAACGUGAUAUAAAUAAUAAAUGAAAAUUGUGAAAUUUAUUAAAUACUACGUAAUAUAUAAAAGUUUGACUAAAGUCUUUCAGUCAAUCAUAAAUCAUCGACAAGAAUCUUUCGUAAAUAAGUGUUUCAGUAUGGAAAAAAUAAUAAAUUUUGGAUUAUUAGUUACGACGGUAUUUAUGCUGACGAGUUUAACAGAUUCAUCACAAAUAACAAAGCUAGUACCAGUUGAAGAAUGGAUUGCAUUUAAACAUAAUACACGUAAUGUUAAACCAAUUGAUAAAUUUAUUGGUAAAUUACGUGCAACAUAUGAUUUUGUUUUUCAUAAAAAUGAUAAUAUAAGUAAUAUUGAAAAAUUACUUGCAAAUGAAACAAUAAAAAAUAAUAAUGAUGAAUCAUAUAAAUUAGCUAAUAAAAAUUUACAAAAUAAUAAUAUUAUUAAUAAUGAAAAUGUUAAUGAUAAAAUAUUGGAUAAAUUAUUAGACGAAAGUUCAACAAGAGAAAGUUCAAUUAAAAAAUUAUCAAAAGGUAAUUGGCUUGAUGAUAUUGAUAUUAAACCUUUGGAUAAAUUAGUUAUUGUUAGUGAUAAAAUGGAUGACAUUGAAAAAUCAGAUAAUGUUGAAGAUCAUUUAAAUCUUCAGCUACCAGCAGUUGUUGUUAAAUCAUUUAUAAAUUGGCUUGAACAUGCACUUGGUUUUUCUCAAGGUUUAUAUCUGAAAAUUACAAAUUCAACACUUUCUAAUAAUAAAAAUAAUAAUACAACAAUUUUUAGUAAU